AUGGAUGACAAAAAAGGCGACCUGGAGAAUCCUACCUCGACGGUUCAUCACCUUGAAUCACCUACCUUUAAUGACAAGCAAGAUCCAGAGGUUGCUCGAGACUGGACACGCGAUUUGACCGAGAGCAAGAAUGUCACCACAUCCACAAGGUUGAAGAAUCCACUUGCUGGCCUGACGCGUGAUGAACUAUUUCGAGAUGUCGAGUCAUUUGCAAGGGACAAGGGUUUGGAGCAUAUCAUGGAUGAGCUGAAAAGAGGCUCCCUCGUAGCCCAAGAUCCUAAGGGCUUCGAGUCCCUUGAUGAAUUAUCCGAAGGGGAUAAAGAACUGCUUCGACGUGAGAAGACACAUCGAUGGAGCCAGCCAUUCAUGAUGUACUUCAUGACUAUUCUUUGUGCUGGGUCCGCAAUUGUCCAGGGCAUGGACCAGACGGCAGUUAAUGGAGCACAAGAGUUCUACUUCGCCGAAUUCAACCUCACCAAUAGAUGGCAGCAAGGGCUCCUCAAUGGAGCUCCAUACUUGUGUUCUGCACUUAUAGGAUGCUGGACAACCGCUCCACUGAACCGUUGGUUUGGUCGUCGUGGAUGCAUCUUCAUCUCAUGCUUCAUAUCCUUUGCCUCGUCCUUUUGGAUGGCUGCGGCACACACUUGGUGGAACCUGCUACUGGCCCGAUUUCUCCUCGGUUUUGCAGUAGGCGCUAAGUCAACAACAACCCCGGUAUAUGGUGCGGAAUGCUCUCCUGCCAUCAUUCGUGGUGCGUUGGUUAUGAUGUGGCAAAUGUGGACCGCGUUUGGGAUUAUGCUAGGUUACAUUGCUUCAGUUGCCUUCAUGGAUGUGACACACCCCACAAUUCCCGGUUUUAACUGGAGAUUGAUGCUGGGCUCAACUGCCAUCCCUCCCUUCUUCGUGUGUAUGCAGGUGUACUUCUGCCCCGAGUCACCCAGAUGGUAUAUGAUGAAGAAUCGCUAUCAGGACGCUUACAAAGCACUUUGUAAGCUCCGCCCUUCCGCGUUUCAGGCGGCCCGCGACCUCUACUAUAUCCACACGGCGCUACAGGUGGAGGAAAAGCUCCGGGAGGGCAAACACCUCUGGCGCGAGAUGUUUACCAUCCCACGCAAUCGACGAGCAGCACAGUCCUCGUUUUUUGUCAUGUUUAUGCAACAAUUCUGUGGGGUGAACGCUUUAAUGUACUACAGCUCGAGCAUUUUUGCAAAUGCGGGGUUUGAUAGGCGUAUGGCGUUGGUGACGUCGUUGGGAUGUGGUAUAACGAACUGGAUAUUCGCUCUGCCGGCAGUAUAUACGAUUGACACGUUUGGAAGGCGGAAUCUGCUCCUCACCACAUUCCCAUUGAUGAGCCUGUUUCUACUCUUCACCGGCUUUUCAUUCUAUAUCCCGGAUCAGACUUCGCGGACGGCUUGCGUGGCGACAGGCAUCUAUCUUUUCAUGAUCGUGUACUCCCCAGGCGAGGGACCAGUACCUUUCACGUACUCUGCUGAGGCAUUUCCACUUUAUAUCCGUGAUGUAGGCAUGUCCUUUGCGACGGCAACCACCUGGGGUUUCAACUUCAUUGUCUCAUUGACGUGGCUUCCAUUACGGGACGCCUUCAGUCCACAAGGCGCAUUUGGCUGGUAUGCAGCAUGGAACGUCUUCGGAUGGAUCUUCUGCUACUUCUGUCUGCCUGAGACCAAAGCAUUGUCGCUCGAGGAACUGGAUCAGGUCUUCUCGGUUCCCACGCGAAAGCACGUCAAUCACUAUGCAGGGAUGCUGCCGUGGACGUACAAGAAGGCAACGUUCAACGUUGACCAUGCAACACUUCUCAACUCGACAUUUUUUCGAGGCUGGUUGGAUAAGUUCAGGUUCUCUAUGAAGCCCAAAGACGUCCUUGAACUCGAUGUUUCCAACAUUGUCACUUUUGAGAUCAUACUGCGCAAGCUUCAUAACACUCUAGAACAGAUGAGUGUAGGCGCUGUCUCUUUAGCUGACAUCUGGGACCUGCCGUAUUUAUGCCAAACCUGUCAUGUCGAUUGCAAGGAAUUAACACAAUGGUUCAAGACAUGGUGCGCUCACCAAAAGGACAAGGUCGAGCCAGGCAAAGAGCUGAGCUACUAUCAUGAGGUCUUAAUUCCGAGUUGUGUUUAUAACGAUGCCGAAACCUUUGCCCAAUCAACGAGGGCCGUAUUAUACCAGAACACUGGGCAUAUUACAGCGCGCAUCCCUAUUGAGUAUAGUAAGCCUCUUGCAGCGCCUCUUACGCGCCAAUUGAACGCCGCCCGUGAUCGCCUUUGCGAGAUUGUCCACCAAGAGCUCUCUGGCCGCAUUACGCAUAUCCUCCAAAGACCAUUGUCACCCUGCUGUGAGCGUACCGUUUUCGAAUUCCUUCGAGAGCUUCAGAGAAUACAAGCCUGGCCUUUCGAUAACUGCUUCACGAACCAUGGAAUUGACGAGCUGCUGAAUCGCCUGGCCCACUUCGACGCGGACCGAAUGCACAAGUACAUUGAUCCUGCCACGAACAGCCCAAUAAAUUGUGUUAUGUGCAGUAUGGAUUGGAACACUAUCGUUGAGUCCACAGUGACUCGCGUAGCUGCCUACUUUGAUGGACUGUGUCUUGACUGCGCGCUGAGGACAGACGAGAACCAUCCUCCUGGUGGGCAAUACAACAAAAAGGACUACUGGGACUGUUCAGAAAGCUACGACCGGAAUUGUCGGAUCAAACACGGAGAGCCCUCAUGGUACUUUAGCUUCAUGGGAGAGCAGAGAGAUCUACAAACAACCCCAGCUCAUGCUGUUGGUCUCCCUUAUCGUCUUUCGAACCAAUGUUGA